AUGGCGAAUAGGAGAAGAAGAAGCGAUGCAGGCGCUGAUGAGAUUGCUCAAGCGAUCCACAGAAUGGUUGAUGCCAUGCACCCUGUUGCAGCACAGCCUAGAGCCAUAGUGCCACCCAUUAGAGCAGUGACUAUGGAGGAUGUUCUGAAACACAAGCCGUCCAAGUUCAACGGCAAAGCUACCCUUGAUGAGGCUGAUGCUUGGCUCAAGGAGUGUGAGAAGAUAUUUAGACAACAAAUACAGACCCGACAAGAAGAGGUGAACUGGGUAAACUUCAGGAAGAGGUUCCUGGAGAAGUAUUUUCCAGACUCGGCAAAACAUGCACUCGAGGCGGAGUUUCUGACACUACAACAAGGUAGUAAACCAGUACAGGCUUACAUAGACCGGUUCGAGUACUUGGCGAGAUUCUACUCGCAAGGGAUCAUAGAGGAAUGGCGUUGUCGCAAGUUUGAGGGAGGCUUGAGGCAUGAGCUGCGUAUAUUCCUGAUGCCGCUACGGAUCAGAGAGUUUCCAAUUCUGGUGGAGCAGGCCAGGACUGUGGAGGAGUUAGAGUUUGGAUCUAGUCGAAUCACGAGGACGCAGAAGAAUACCUCUGAGACCAGACAUCAGAAGGCGCCAUACGACAGGUCUUCGUCGCCAUCUUCAGGCCUGAGAUGUUAUAAUUACGGUGGGCCCCACCUUCGCAGGAACUGUACUAAGGCUCCGGGCAGUUCAGGUGCUAGUAAUGAAUAUGUGAAGUACAAGUGCGAGAAGAUGGGACAUUAUGCGAGUCAAUGUCCAGAUAAGAAGGCGAUCGAAGAAACACCAUCAUCGCAGAAGCAGCAGAGGGUGAUAGUUGAUCGACCUCGAGCAGCAGGGAGAGUGUUUGCAUUAACCAAUACUGAGGCCACUAAGUCAGGUAAUCUCAUACUUGACCGAUGUUUAUUGUUUGAUAACAAUGUUUUGGUACUGUUUGACUCUGGAGCUACUUACUCGUUCAUCUCACAAGAAUGUGUGAGUAGACUGGGACUAGUAGUCCAAGAUUUGGGGUACGAACUGGCGGUCUCGACACUUGCCUCGGGAGAAGUCUUGACCAACUUAGUUUGCGUCGGAUGUCUUAUUGAAGUGGCAGGACACAAGUUUAAAGUGAAUCUCGUUUGUUUACCGUUGGAGGGUCUGGACGUAAUACUUGGCAUGGAUUGGUUAUCGGACAAUCACGUCAUUAUGAACUGUAGACAGUGCAGUGUAGUGUUUUCUGAAGCGGAUGGGUAA